UUUAAAAUAAAUUAUAAUUUUUCGUUUGUUCGGUUCUAGACUUUAAAAUGUCUGUUGAAGAUGAGCACACAUCAGGGGAUUUUACUAAUAGCUCAAUAAAUAUAGAGCAAAAUCAUGUAAAUAGGAAUUUAUAUGGUGGGUGCGAAGGACCGAAUGCUAUGUAUGUCAAAUUGAUCUCCUCGGAUGGGCACGAGUUUAUUGUUAAAAGAGAACAUGCCUUAACCUCCGGUACAAUUAAAGCAAUGCUUAGUGGCCCAGGCCAAUUUGCAGAAAAUGAAACUAAUGAGGUCCAUUUUCGUGAAAUUCCGUCUCAUGUUCUUCAAAAGGUAUGUAUGUAUUUUACAUAUAAAGUAAGAUACACAAAUAGUUCAACUGAAAUCCCAGAAUUUCCUAUAGCACCUGAAAUUGCAUUGGAACUCUUGAUGGCUGCAAAUUUUUUAGAUUGUUAAUAUUAUAGAACAAAUUAUAUUAUUCUUAAUACAGAUAAAAUAACAACAAUGUUUUAAUUUUAUAUAAUAUAAGUUUUUGAAAUUUAAUGUUCUUUUUAUCUUUAAUUUAUUGCACUUAAUGUAAAUAAAUAUUUAUUUACAAAAUUUAGGUAGUAAACUAAAUUCUCUUUGUAAAUAAACUUGAUGUCAAAUGUA